UUUCUAUAAUCAUGUGUUGUUUGAUAACUGAAUAAUAAAGUAAAGAAAUUAUUGUGCAAUCUAGAAUUAUCUGUCAGUUGUAUUGUUUUGAAAAAAUUAAUCGCAAAAAUGUCGUUAAACACAGCUCACGCUAACGGUGGUGUAUUAAUUCACUCUGGUGAAUGUAUUUUAUUAUUUUGUGAUAAUGUUACGAUGGAAUUUGCGGGACAAUCGGGUCCAGAAUUCAAGGGUACGAAACAUGGACGAUUAUAUUUAACAACGCAUCGAAUGAUUUUCAAUAACAAGGAACCACGAGAUGUUAUGCAAAGUUUUAGUUUUCCUUUUAUUACAUUAAGUGAUGUGGAAUUAGAACAACCAGUAUUUGGUGCAAAUUACAUUAAAGGUAAAGUUCGUGCUCAACCAAAUGGCAAUUGGAUUGGAGAAUCGAAAUUUAAGUUGAUGUUUAAAUCUGGUGGUGCUAUUGAUUUUGGACAGGCUAUGCUAAAAGCAGCACACAUGGCUCAACGCAACGGAACAAAUGAUGCACCACCACCAUACAUGCCACCACAAGGACCAUGGUAUCAAGCUCCACCACCUGCCUAUGCCCCACCACCAACUGGCUACUAUGGUUGGGUACCACCAACACAAGCAUUCCCAAAUGCUCCUCCACAGAAUUCAGUUUUUAUGACAAAUUCACCACCACCAUAUCCAGGAAUUGGAGGAUAUAAUAAUGGUUACGCAAAUGCUCCACAAACUGGUGCUGUUGGAUUUGCCCAACCCACUCCAGCACCACAAGAUGCAAAAGCAGCUGAAGCCGCCCAAAGUGCUUAUUACGAUCCCAACCGACCUCAAAUGGCUUAUGUUCCACCUCCAGCUUAUUAUGAGAAUCCACCUAGUUAUCAGAAUGCAACCAAAAAGGAACAAUAAUGAAUGAAAUUUCCCGUUUUCUAAAUUACAUAAUGGCACUUCUAUAAAAAGAUAAUAUAUUAUACAAAUAUUUAGCUAGGAGUCAAAAAUGCUUUAUUUGUUAAUCUUAUUUUUUAUUAUGUCAUAUAAAUAUUAUUAUUCCAACUUAUUAAAUAAAGGAUUUCUAUUUGGUAUUUAAAUUCAAUGCUUUAAAAAAAGUUAUAACAACACUGAUGUGAAAACUCUUCUUUUUCUACUUGAUUCUAUUUUCAAAAAAAACAUUUUAAAAUUUUAAACUAGUGGACAAGCUUGCCUUUUUCAUUUGUUUUUAAUGUUUUCUUUAUUUAUUAUUGUUGGUAAGUGUAUUUGAAUUUUAACGCCCCAUGUGCACUAAAGAGUCAGUCCGCAGUGGCUGGAAUAUUGAGCAAUCAGUAGGUGUUUUAUUGACCUAUACCAACGGAGAGUCAUGAGCAUUUUUUCACAAACGAUGAACUAGGAUUAUAUGGACAUACACUUCAACAAGUGUACGGAGAAAAAUGAUCAGGCAUGGUUACCCAUUGUACGGUCUCAAAUCAGUAGUUACAUACCGAAUUGGUUGCCUUUUACGUAGCGGUCCUAAGAAAUGAUCUAUUGAUAGGGUCUCCAUCAUAAAAAC